AUCAACACAAUAAUGUAACAAGCAUCAGCCCAGCCCAGCCAGCUUCCAUUCCCAAGGAAACCCUCCGCUCCUCCCACGUCUCCCAUGGCCGCCGCCGGCUCAGCCGCAGCGCCGCUCCGCCGGCUGUUCCUCCGCCUCCGUGACCCGCCGCCGCUGCCCUUUAACACGCUCCUAUCCCGCCUCGCGCCACAUCUGCAGCAAGGCCCCACCCUAGCCCCAGCACCAGCCCCGGCUCUUGCACUCCCGACCUCGACGCCGGCCCAAACGCCAUCCGGGAUUCUCCGCGACGCGCUCUUCUCCUUCCACCCGGGCCUCCAGGCACACCCGUGCCUAGAUCCGAUUGGGGGUGCAAGGGACGAGGCCGGCCCAGGGGCGGCGGAGGUGUGGGCGGACAGCGUGAAGAAGAAGCGCAAGCGUAAGAUGAACAAGCACAAGCUCCGCAAGCUCCGGAAGCGACUUCGCCGCCAGACAUGAGGGCUCUCUCCUCUCCGGUUAGACACCUUGUCAUUGAGUUGCGUCCAGUGAUUUCAUCUCUCCUUCGGUUGAUCCGUAGAGCAAGACAGAAAGGAGAUACGGGUGAAUGACAAGAGGGCUGUGUAAUGAAUAACUGGUUUUGAUCACAUUUUCUGUAGCCCGCUCACUGUGUUAGAAGAUUUUGGUUGGUUUCGACAAGGAUCAUGUUCCACAACGAGACAAACGUUUGUUAAGCCCCUUGUUAGUUACUGUAUGCAAAUGGAAAUGUUGCGUUGCUCAAUAUAUCGGUCUCCAAUCUUUUCGUCA